AUGGCGAUGGCGAUGGCGAUGGCGAUGGCGAUGGCGAUGGCGAUGGCGAUGGCGAACGGCGUGGAAUCAGUUGGAAAGAUGGAGUCAGUACAGAGAAAUCUGCAGCAUCAGUACUUUGCCUUGUCGCAAGGGUCAGCGUCGAGAAGCAUCAAAGUAACCUUGCCUGCCUUCGUUCCACCCUUGAGAUCCCAAAGAAGAGUGUUCGAAUAUUCUGCCUCUUGUCCCAUCCUCGGCAGGAGUCGAGCAUGCCCUUCUUACGCGGCUAUGAUCCACCUCCGCUGCUGGAAUCAGCGCAGGAAAACUCGACGACCUUGUGCGUUAUUGCCGGCUCGGAUGCAAAAAGAGUCUUUUGACGACGACGAUCCCUUGAAAGAUCUCCCAGAGUUCGAAGAGCUUGAACGAUUGCAGUAUCCCAUACCAGAAGGAGAGCUGGUAAAUAUAUCAGGAGAUAUCUUUCAACGACAAAAAAACGGCUUUCGGAAUCUGAAUGUCUCGGAGGAAGAGAUACAGUCUAACAAAGAGCAGGAAGAAAGGAUGAUGAAGAGGAAACAACAAGAAGUCGAUAUAGAGCAAUCACUUAUUGAGACGGAGUCAAGAAUGGGAUUUCCCGAACAGGACCCUGAAUCUCCCAUGGAUCUUGAAUUUAUACGCGAGGAAUAUUUAGAAAAAAUGCAAGAGAAUCUGAUUACUCGUCCAGACGAGGUUGUUGCACUUGCUUCUUGUGUGAACCAGUUUACGCCAAACCUGUUUUGA